UACCUGCUCGCCACGCCCGACCCCGGCGGGUUCUUGGUCCCUAGCGCCUUGGACGCUUCCUCCCGGCCUGCAUCACCGCCCGCCGCCGCUUUUAGGUGCGACUUCCGCAUCCUUUUUCCCGCCGGGAUUCGUCGCGCGCUGGCUCCCCGCCAAAGAUCGCAUCUUUGGCUGCCUGCCCGCCCUGUCUGUCGGAUCAGAUGAGAUGUGGCGAUCCUCCAGCCCCAGCCUCUAGGACGAGACAUGGCUGAACUCUCCUCGUCCGGAUCCCACGCGGCGGCUGCGGCGGCCACGCAUCCCUACCCGCGCCGCCUCCAUGGCGCCUUCGUCGCCAGGGACUCGCUCACCCCGUUUAACGCCUACCCCGCCGCCCCUCCCCCGCCGCCGCCACCACAGCCGCCGCAGAGCUCCGGCGGCGGCGGCGGCGGCAAGAUCAGCCCGGCGGUGCUCUUCAUCAUCGUCAUCCUCGCGGUGGUCUUCUUCAUCUCGGGCCUGCUGCACCUCCUCGUGCGCCUGCUCGUCAAGAAGCAGCACCACGGCCGCCGCUCCACCUCCACAUCAGCGGGGCACCACGGCCCCGGCGGCGACGCGGACGCGGCGCUGCAGCGCCAGCUGCAGCAGCUGUUCCACCUGCACGACUCGGGGCUCGACCAGGCCUUCAUCGACGCGCUGCCCGUCUUCUCCUACCGGGAGAUCGUCGUCGGGGCCGGGGCCGGCGACAAGGAGCCCUUCGACUGCGCGGUCUGCCUCUGCGAGUUCGGCGCCGAGGACAGGCUCCGCCUGCUCCCGCUCUGCGGCCACGCCUUCCACCUCAACUGCAUCGACACCUGGCUGCUCUCCAACUCCACCUGCCCGCUCUGCCGCGGGGUGCUCUUCGCCCCCGGCCUCACCGCCGAGGACAACCCCAUGUUCGAUUUCGACGAGGGGAUGAUGGAGGAAGGCCGGUUGUCCGAGUGCUGCGAGGACGGGUUCGGCCUGCCUGCGCAGAAAUCAUCAGAGGAAACUGCGCAGACGCUCGAGAAGAGAGUGUUCCCGGUGAGGCUUGGCAAGUUCAAGAACGUCGGCACCCAGGGUGCCGUCGAAGGCGGGAAUGCCACCGCCGAUUCCGCUGUGCUGAGGAGGGAAGAAGGGGAGAGUAGCAGCAGCAGUUUGGAUGCAAGGAAAUGCUUCUCCAUGGGCACCUACCAGUACGUUCUCGGGACUUCCGAGCUUCAGGUGGCUCUCCAGCCGGGCAGAACAAGAAACGGCGCCGGUGGUACCAUGAGACCGAGACCUCCAGGGAUAAGCUGCGUCAAUGCCGACAUCAUGGAGGGAAAGAAAAUCUGCGCGCGGAACAAAGGGGAGAGCUUCUCCAUGUCCAAGAUUUGGCAGUGGUCUAAUCUCAAGGGCAAGCUACCCGCUGGCUCAGAUGAUUGCUCGGAAGCGGGGAGCCUUCCAUGGAUGAAGAGGGAUAAGUCCAACAUCUGAUGUGACUCUGUACUGUGAUACUACUAGCUAAUAUUGCUCUUGUUAGUUCCACUCCAUUAAUUUCUUACCUAUAAUUAUUCUAGCCUAAUUUUCAUGUUCAGAUUUUUGAUUGGAAUUGGUUAUAUCUCAUGGAAGGAUAGUAACUUUUAGUAGUCA